AUGGAGGAGGCAAUGGAAGUAGAUGUCGAUAUAGAAAAUCGCCGCGAUCUAGCCCCGGACAGGAAACGAUUUCAUAAGAAUGGAGAAUUGAAUGGUGCAGUAAAAAUUAGACGACUCCACUCGAACCAUGCUGGUGAUUCUGAACCUCGAAGAGCUUACACCGAAGUAUCUGGUCGAAUAGCUGGUGUCGAACUGGAGAAUUUUAUGUGCCAUGGCCACUUGAAAGUAGAUUUCGAGACGAACGAAAAUAACUGUUUCUAUAUUGGCGGGCCGAAUGGAAGUGGUAAAAGCGCUCUUUUUGCGUCUUUAAAUCUUGGACUUGGUGGUAGGGGAAAUAAUAACGAUCGAGGGAAUUCCGUCAAAAGUUACAUCAAAGAAGGCAGAAAUAAAGCGAUGAUCCGUUUGAUUCUGACCAAUACUGGCCUUGGAAGUCAUCCCGAUUAUGGUGAUUUUGUGGUUGUGGAAAGAACUAUCACCCCAUCUGCAUCUACCUAUACACUCAAGAGCAUCAAAGGCUUUGGAAAAAAUAGACGUGAAGUGGUGAUUUCAAAAAAGAAAGCAGAUUUGGACCAGUUACUUGUUCGUUAUGGUAUCCAGCUCAGUAACCCUAUAUUCUGGAUGAGUCAAGACAGAUCUAGGCAUUUCUUACAUCAAAUGAAACCGGAUAGAUUAUAUCAGGUAAGCAAUCCUUUCCUCGUUGUAUAUGGGGUUUAUCCUUCUAUCUUCAGAUAUUUAUGUAUAUUUAUGUGUGCUACCGAAUUAGAGCAUACGAAGACUUGUUAUGAACAAUGUGAAGCGAUCGUAUCAUCAAUCGAAUCUAUGUGUCGCUCAAUGAAGGGCGAAUUUGAGAAACAAAAAAGGAGGUAUCAAGUCAUGGUGGAGGAACGUCGCCGAAUGCGCGGGAUUCAAGAUAUGCGAAAUCAACAGAGUGAGAUUGGAUGGAUGCUGCUGUGGUGCCCAUUGAGGGAUGUUCUUGAGAAAAUUCAAGUGUUAGGAAAAAAGCGCGAGAAAUUCGUAGAAGAAUCUGGGCAUCUGCAGAGCAGGAUCGAAGAUGCUGCGGCGAAGAAAGCUGCUUGCGUUGCCGAAGCCUCUACAACGCAUCAAAAAAUCAACGAAGAAGCUACGAUCUUACAAGAAGAAACAGAGCUGGUGGAGCGUCUUCGGCUAGUUCAAGAAAAACGAGAUGAGCUUCAAAGAAUGCACGAACAAGCACUUAGCCGUCAGAAUGAG